GUUGGCAUAUUGGGGAUUUCUUCUGCUCACCAUAACAAACAAUCAUUUUCUCACCAUAACGAAGAAGGAGAAACAGAGAAACGAGAAUGAGGUUCCUCGUCGGCUUCACUGUUUUACUUACCUCCGUCAUCGCUCUCUUAAUCUACGGCGCCACUUCACCGGCGAAUCUUACCGGCGACGAUUUCAAGUUCCCUGCCCCUUCUAUCAUCCGCGUCUUCUUCAACGGCGCCAGUUCACCGGCGAAUCUUACCGAUCGAACAUACUCGCUCCACUACGACUACUACUGUGAAUCUUGCCCCAGCGUUACCGCUCCUUCUAUCAUCCGCGUCCUCUUCUCCGAUUGCUUCAUUGAGGUGUUUGAUGUUAUUGACGCCAUUAAGUCUGAGCGGGAGUAUGUUUCUCCUGGAGGUCUUUCCUGUGCCGAGCUUCCUGUCUUUCUCGAGCUUCCUCUCUUCCCUGCUAGAGAAGCCGCCCUAGUGGAUGGUACUCGAGUAUAUCGUCUGGUGACUGUAAGAAAAUUCAGUGCAGUGCCUUCAAGCUUCCUGCACCACAGGCUACUCUCUCUCUCCUUCUUGCAAGUGCUGCUUCCAGAGUAUUCAGCGAGAGAGAAACCGUCAUUUUUAUCCGGUGCUCACAGCUUAGGCAUUAAGCACUGCACUUUUUUUGAGAACAGCCUCUACAACUUCUCAGGAACCGGGAAGCCUGACACUGAGCUAGCGGAUGCUUGUCUAGGAGUUGUUUCCUGUUCAGCCUUGUCCUGGGUGCUAGAGAAGCCGGCCUUCUGGCUUAAAGAGUAUGAAACACUUGCUACUGAGAGCAAAUCAUCUCCAAACCUUUCCUUGAAAGGGUUUGAUGUUAUUGACGCCAUUAAGUCUGAGCGGGAGUAUGUUUCUCCUGGAGGUCUUUACUGUGCCGAGCCUCCUUCUUCUCGCUGCCCUGCUAGAGAAGCCGCCCUAGUGUAUAUUCUGGUGACUGUAAGAAAAGACAGUGCGGUGACUGUAAGAAAAGACAAUGCAGUGGCCUUCAAGCUUCCUGCACCACUGUCUAGUCUCUCUCUCCUUCUUGCAACUGCCUCUUCCAAAGGAUCCUCCAAGCUAACAAUACUUGUCUUUAUUCUUUGGUUUACAACCAAAACGGUUGAUGGAAAGUUUGAGCAAUACCCUGAUGUUCCCUCAGAUCACCCGAAUUAUGUCUUUUUUAAUCAGUUCCUGAAGGAACUGAGAGCACAGAAUGCACAAAGUCCUAUAAAUAUCUAUACAGGUGCUGAAAAAACCAAUUAUUUGUCUAUAUUUUGGGCUGUGUUAGCUGCAUCGGGAAUGCUGGGAGUAGGAUUGUUUGGAUCAAAUUUCAGGCGGCGCUCAAACUUGAUGACAUGGGCAGAUAUGCCGAAGAGACAAGAAAAUAUAGCUGCUGAUACAAAUAGUCAGAUCAGGGAUUUGCGUGAAGAAAUGAGAGCUGGUUUUGCACGUGUGGCUGAUAGAGGUGAUCAAGAGGGUUUCGCCCGAUCCAUGCUUCUGCGUAAACCCAUUUCAGAAACUGCAGAAUUACGCAAGACUUUUGCGGACUACUCCUUAAUUUCUCGAGAUUUAGGUCCAAAGAUUCUGAUAGGAGCCAACGAUAAGGACAAUUUCAGAAAAGAGAAAGAUCGUGUAGGUAGUAGAUACAGAGUCCAAGGAGCCUUCCCGGGUCUGUAUGAGCUCGGUCAUGACCAUGGCCGAAAAGAUGAUGUUCUUGUGGCUAAUCUUGGUCAACCUGAAAGCAUUAGAUCUCGGCUCCGUGGCAACCGAACUGAAGAGAAGAAGUAUGAUUCUGCAGAAGAGAGAGAGGUCAGUUCUGAUGCAGCUGAGAAGGAGAUUAAUUCUCUUCCAUCUAUACUUAGACUCAGUCCGUCCAGACCUCAACCGGUUUCAGAGAGACAUGAUGACAUUGUUGAUGAGUCUGACUCUGCUUCUGUUUGUGGAGUCUUACUAGAAGAUGGUACUACUUGCACUACAAUUCCAAUCAAAGGAAGAAAGAGAUGCGCAGAGCAUAAAGGGAAGAAGCUUUCACGUGUUUCCCCCGAAAAUCACAUACCGUGUGAAGUUCCCACCGCAAGAGAAUCCAAAGAAACUGAGGAUACAUGUGGAGUGAUUUUACCUGAUAUGUGGCUCUUUGGUAGAAAACAAGAAGCUGAAGUAGGACCGUUUUCAGCAUGGAAUAUUACUGGCACAUAUAAAGACUACUUAUCAAAAGUGGGUAUCUCAGGAACUUGGAAGUUUCUGAAUUCCGUAAAUAGCUCUUCAAAAUUCCAAGACUUUCAAAAAGAAAUGCUUGGAAUUAUCUCCUCUCAAGUCUUUCAAGAAUCUGCAAGAGACAGAUUACUGAAACGGAAACUUUUCCAAUACGGUUUACUUUUCAGCUACUCUGAUCUUCGAUUCUCUUGUACUUCAGCUCCAGUACUAAAUGAGAUGGAGAAGCACUGUAAUAUCGAAGUAGCAGCUCAAGUAUCCCGUGUGGCUUCUAGUGAAAAUAAUGGAGACAAAAAUUAUUAUCGCAUGGAAGGAUUGAUGGAGAGUCCUGGGGGAAUUUCUACCUCAAGACAAUUGCAGGCGAGUGAAGAGCCUGUAUCAUCACCUUUGUCAUCUCCAGCUCUGUUGGGUAGUGGAAAAGAAGAUGAGCAGAAGUUAUCCCAAAGCAGUCCUAGGAAGGUCAACCUGGUUGCAGCACUAGUCCGUGGCAUGCGUGUCAAACGGGCUUCACAAACCGUGUACCGGGUUAUCCACGCUGCCCUGGGAAAUGCUACUCAUAAUCAUGGACUAGAUCCUGACCGUCUCCUUGUUGUCUCAAGCUACACCGCGGUGGCUAAAGCGAUCAUGGUUCUCUUCUCGCCUCGAAAUAUCAUUCGUUGGGAACUGGAACAGAUUUACGAGACAGCUAAAAAGGAGAUGGCCUCCUUGGAACGUAAGUGGGAAGAGCAGAUCGAGACAACUAAAAAGGAGAUAGCUUCCUUGGAACGUAAGUGGGAAGAGCAGAUCAAGACAUGUGAAAAGGUGGACGAGCUGAUCGAGACAUGUAGAUUGAUCUUGGAACAGCAGAAGAAGAAAUACAUAUUGAUCUCUUACGCUUUAACCGAGAUUAAAUCCAUGGCUUCACGAACGGGGUUGGAUCCUCAGGAAAUUAAAGAAAUGUGCAGAAAUCUUGAAAGCAAACAAGAUAAGAAAUCAUUGAAUCUGUCCCCAGAUGACAAUAUGCAUGUGGAGGGGUUUGCACUAAGUGUCUUUGCAAAGGCAGACAAGCAGGAUCGUGCAGGAAGAGCUGACUUGGGCACUGCCAAAACUUUUUAUGCUGCGGCAAUCUUCUUUGAAACUCUGAGCCAGUUUGGCCCUGUACCUCCUGAUAUAGAGCAGAAACAGAAGUACGCUGCUUGGAAGGCUGCUGACAUAAGGAAAGCCAUUAAAGAAGGAAGGAAGCCCACUCCAGGUGAUCCUGUUGAUGAUGAUAAUGAUUUACCCAUCCCAUCAAGCGUCCUAGUGGCUCCUAUGUAAGUUCUCUUCUCGGAAAUUUGUGGGUU